GGAACUGUCGAUCUAAAGCCCUUUUGAGUUUAAUCGGACAUUGUUUUAAGUAUAUAUCAUUAUUGACAUUUAUAAAAAAGGAAGCACAAAAUGGACAAAUCCAAGGCUUUAAAUGUGCUGCUCAAGAUGAAAUUUAUGCAGCGUAAAGAGGAGGCAAAGCGGCGGGCCUUAUACGAAUCUCAACAGUAUGAUGAAAUCGAGGAUCGCUUGCACGAGCGCACCACGGUAGUGAACGGGGAGUUUCCCUCUUCUUCCUCUGCGCAUUUUGCCACCUUGCAGGAGCCGAUUAUCCUCGACAAUUCCUCAUUUCCUCGCAGCGGCUACCAAUAUGCGCGUCGCUUGUUUACCACCAAUACAGAAACAAUCUCAAAACGUCUUGCUGAGGAAUCUCAUAAUAUUAGUAAUGAUAACAUUGAGCGUUGCACCUCACGAGAAAAAAGCGAAAGUAGCAUUGAAGCCUAUAACAUCUGGGAUGAGGUUGAGAAUGAUCCUUCCGCGAUUUCGAUCGAUUCUACAGGUCCCAAAAAGUGCUCUGUCAGAAAUGAUACCUUAGAUUCGGUUAAAAAUCCAGAAAGCGAAGCUAAACAUACAACCCAAAGUAGAGGAAAUAUUGAAACGAAGCGCUUUCACCCGCCGAACGCUAUCAACGCGCCGAAACUACCUAAAAGACUUGCAGAGGAGAUGACACGGCAAAAAGGAACUAAACGGCGUCGGAAGGAUAAUCCUGGCGCGUAA